AUGGUUGGAGGCUACUGGCGCGACCUUCUGGCCUUCACUUGGAACCUCCGGACACUGGAAGGCGUCGCAGAGCGCCUUGGUCAGGAUGAGGUCGAAGAUCUCAUCCAUGUUACGGACGGUGCUUCCAAGAGUCCAGCCACAUUCUUGGAGCAUCAAGGACCGGAGACGAAGGCCCUCCCCGACGGCACCAUCGAGGCAUGGUUCGACUUUGAGACAGCGGAGGCUUUCUGCACCGGGCGGGUGAAGAUGCGAGAAGGUCGCUGCUUCACCUUCUUCACGAGCAUGCAGCAACUGAAGGGUCACGAGGAACAGACUGGCCCGCGCCGCCCCGUUGGUGGACAUUAUGGUGCUGUGAAGCACCGAGAGGCUUGGCCGGAGCUUCUCGCACGCGAGCACGCUGAGAUCGGCAGCAGUGAGCAGCCCUUUGUCGUCAUCAUCGGUGGGGCUCAGUCGGGCAUCGUCUUGGCGGCUCGUCUCCAGAAUCUUGGCGUGCCCUACAUCGUUCUCGAGAAGAACCCAAGCCCAGGCCACCAAUGGCGGCACCGAUACAGCUCCUUGUGCUUGCACGACCCUGUUUGGGUCUGCCACCUGCCAUACCUUCCGUUUCCGGCGCAGUGGCCUUUGUACGCUCCGAAAGAUAAAGUGGCAGACUGGCUCGACUUCUACGCUCAGAUGCUGGAUUUGAAUGUGUGGGCCAACUCUGUCUGUGAGUCAGCAUCCUGGAACGAGAAGACUAAAGACUGGACGAUUCGCGUGCGGAGAGAAGGCAAAGAGAUCGUGCUGCAGCCGAAGCACGUGGUCAUGGCAACUGGACAUCACGGCCCGCCAAACGUUCCCACGUUCCGCGGAUCUGAGAACUUCCGAGGCGAGUUGAUGCACUCCUCCUCGUACCAGGGAGCCGCUGCUUUCGCUGGAAAGAACGUCGUCGUGGUGGGAUCGAACACGUCGGCACAUGAUAUCUGCCAAGAUCUAUGGGAGCAUGAUGCUUGCGUUACCAUGCUCCAGCGCGGCUCCACAACCAUCGUCUCUGCCGCAGCGCUGAGGGAGGUCCUCCUGAAGGACCUCUAUUCUGAGGAAGCGCUGGCCACGGGCAUGACGACCGAGAAGGCGGACUUGAAAUUUGCAUCGGAGCCCUAUGCAGUGGUCACCGAGGGCAUGAAGGAGACCUGCUCGAAGAUGAAAGAGUUCGACAGAGAGCUACUGCAAAAGCUGGAAAAGGUUGGGUUCCAGAUGGACUUUGGGGAGGAGCUUCAGCAAAGCUGGCGUUGGGGCUUAGCCAGGGUUCCCUGCUUUGGUGAGCGCAGAGAGCUCCACAUUCUUAUCUUCGACCCUGGCUCCCUGAUUUCUGGGAUUGAGGGUUUCGGGCUUGAAACCGUCAGCCACUUCUGUGGGCAGGACGACACUGGCAACUUCGUCAAGCUGCUUGGCGGGGUUGUCCUGCGACAGCCGGGGAAUAUUGCGGGGCAUGUCAACUGCUGCGAGAUGGAAGGUCUCAUGCUUCGGGUUCUGAGUCUGCGCCAUGGACAUGUGUCGCCCCAUUUCCAAGCUCCUGGUUGCAACGGUACCUCCGCACUGGCAACGGCAGCCCGGCUCGGCUACUACUUCGAUGUCGGCGCAUGUGAGCUGGUGGCCAACGGCAGCAUAAAGCUGAAGGUGGGGUCCAUUGACCACAUCUGCGAGAGUGGUUUGGCAAUGGAGGACGAAUGGGCGUUGUUGGAGUUUCAUGACGGCUCCAUGCUAUCCGCGGAUGUCAUCAUUUUGGCUACAGGCUACCAGUCCAUGGCCAAACCCUUGGCGCAGAUCUUCGGCGAGGAGAUUGCGCGGAAGGCGGGCCCGGGGCCUGCUUUCAAGAAGACCUUCGAGACGCCGGAAGCCCUCGAACCCUUUUACUCGAGCACUUUCUGUGCUCGCGAGAUGUCCUGUGGCCCGAAGGACGGGGAUGCUCCCAGCUGGGACGGGAGCCCGAACACCUUUGAGCGCUUUGCUGUGGAGUGCCGUUGGUACCAGUUUUCUCUCAAGAGCACGGAGCGACACCUUGCUGCACCCCGUGCGUGGCACAAGCUGACCGGAUCGGCUAAGAGCGUGGUUCGGAACCUGAAUCCUGAGGUCUAUGCCACGGCCAACGGGCUGGAUAAGCUGCUAGAUGUUCUGCGAGGGUCUCCUCUUCAACGGCUGCCGGUUCCCGACACCUUCCAGAGGCUGGAGCGAUGGUCCAAUAUGAACCGUCGGCAAGGAGAAAGUAUACCUCAACUUAUCGUUCGCGAGGAGGAGCUCUUCGUGGAGCUCCAGCAGUCCCUCCAGAGGGCCCGUGGGCAGAAGCCGCUUCCGAGUGCCACGGUGGAUCACGAUGAAGCACCUGGUGCCGACGACGGCGAAGAAGCAGGCGACGAGGACGAGGACAAGAAGGACCUCCCGCAUGCUGCCGGGAGCCCAACGAGGAAGUCAGCUGCACCUGAAGCCUCGUCCCCAACCUCUUCGACGCGGUCGAAAACUGUGAGAGGUCAGGCUGAGAGCGUUGGCUUCUUUGAGGAUGAACUUCGAGGCUACCGUUUGCUGACGGCAUGCGCUUUGCAGAAUCAAGAACGCCAACAAAUCCUCACGCUGACGCAGAACAGCACGAAGUUUGUUCCCGUGCGCCAGGCUCUCCGGACCAUGUUCGACGAGGGCUGGGAGCAGACCAGGAGGCCGCGCCAGUCGGCGUGGUGGGUGGAGCCAGGACCCGAGGCCUUUUACAACGAUGGCUGGGACGAUUGGUCCUGGGAGCAAGAGGCAGAAGGAGCCGAAGCCUACUGGCAGGACGGACAAGACGACUGGAGCGCCUACUAUUAUGGCGAAGAAGAAUGGGCCUACUAUGGCGAGGAACCUGCCCCUGACGAAGUUCAUGAAGAAGGUGAUGCCGGGCCACCGGGCGAGGAGGAGAAGUCCCUUCUUGAAGAGGAGGCAGAAGCUUUUGCCAUAGCGGAAGAAGCUCAAAAGACUCUCCAGCAGGCCCGGGAUGCGGUACAGAAGGCACGCCAAGCUAGAGGAUACUAUCCUUUGGGCGGAAAAGGCUCAAUGCAGAAGGGCCCUUCCUCCGGAAAAGGGCGUGGAAAGCCUUCUGGCAAGGGCCAGGGAGGUGUCUGUACCUCUUGUGGCCGCUCCGGGCAUCGCUUCUUCGAGUGUCCGACGCGUGCAAAAGGCUUUGGAGGCUCGCCUGGAAAAGGUUUCGGGAAGAAGGGCUUCAAAGGAAAGGGCCGAAAAGGCCCGCCAGGCCAAAAGGGAUCCAAGAACAAAGGUGCUGAUGCCUAUGUUCGUGACUUCGGGUAUGCCUCGGCAUACGUCCUGGAGCGCGUGGACCUGCCGCACGAGACGAUCAGGGAGAAUGACAACGGCGAGCGGCCCCUGAACCUUGCAUGGUUAUAUGUUCUUUCGUGCGAAGAUGCUCCACAAGGGCGGCUCAAUGGGGGUGAAGUGAUCCUGGAUACUGGAGCAACGGAGUCGGCAUGUGGCAUCGGGACCAUGGAGCGCUUUCUCAAUGCCACCAAGUUCCGUUACAGCGUCACCCUCGAGGACCGACCAGUGUUCAGGUUCGGCAACGGGAGGACACUUCAGGCCACCUCUCGCGUUGAUGUGGUGACGGCCGCCAUUGGCUUGAUGCAGGUGUACCUUCUUGAUGAUGCCAGCAGCCAGGAGACUCUUCUUCUUGGCGGUCGGAUCCUCCGCGAGCUCCAGGCCGUGAUCAAUUAUGGAGACAGAACUCUGAUGUUCCAGAAGCGAGGAGGUGAAUUGCGACUUCUUCCUCUUGGGUCCACUCCGGGGGGACAUCUGAUUGUCAACCUGGCGACGUCGAGCCGCAGCCUGGGGCCUGUGAAGACGUACCUGGCUGAAAAGUUCGGGGUGCAGAUGCCAUUGGAGUCCUGUAACGUGAAGGCUGUUUUGUCUACCCCGGGCUUCUCUGAUGAAGCUCGACGUGGAAGAGGUGCCACCAUACCUGGCACCGAGGAAGACAAUGCUCCUCCUGUGUUAGGGGAAGCCUUGCACUCGAUGAUCGAGGUCCGAGAAAAGGAGUGUUUCCCCUUUGAGGUUGUCGGACAUGCUUCUGGAGAUUGCUGCAGUUCCAUGUCAUGCUCAUGUGCUUCGACAGCCUGGUGCUUCCCUGUUGAGCGAGUUUCUUCACAUGGUGCAUCACGACCUCAUGAGCCACCUCAUGAAAUGCCUGUUGGUCUCCAACAGCUCAGGCUCAAGCUCGAUUCCCUUCGCGAACGCCAGCAUGAGCGAGCCGUUGCUGCCAGCGCCCGAGAGCGAUCCUCGAUGGAACAGCUGCCGGGUCGCUACCGCAACAACCAGUAUGCGACGUGGCGGACGUGCUCCCGAUGUGCCCUGAGGUUGGAGUACACACCGAAGCAGGGCUACAAGGGGAUCUACCGACAGGCCGGACCGAGCAACACGGUGCUGACAACGGCCAUCGGGGAGAUUCGCAUGGAGAUGGAGGCAGAGGUGACGGAGAAGCAUGUCAACGACAAGUGCAUGGAAGUGGCCGGGAGACUGAGGCAGCAGGGGUACAAUGUGACGACCCGGGAGCCGAUGGUUCGAAAGACGCCGGGACCUACAUCAUCGACAACCCCAACGCCUCGAACGACGACAAGGACACCCACGGUGGCUACUACCAGCACGGCGGAGGAAAGGGUGAAGGGCUCGCAGCCGAAGGCGUCCGCGGUGAAGAAGAGCCGAACCACGGCGAAGGGCAACGAUGCCCGAGGGAGCGAGGAGACGGAGGUGUCCCCAGUGAACCUCUCCAACCAAGAGAUUCACAAGAGCCUCUACGAGAUCAGCCAAUUGCAGCAGCGGAUGCAAGCCCAGCGCGACAAGCUGAUGGAAGAAAUUGCCCUCCGUGGUCUGAUGGAGGAGGACGGCGACUCUUGGGAGGCUGGGCAGGUGGAGCUGAUCGACGCUCAGAAGGGCCAAUCGGCUCACUCUGGGCCCUGGGGAAGACUGAAGGCCCUCCGAACGAGGCCAGAAUGGGGACCCCACACGACAACCACGAGCACUACGAGGACACUCCUGCCGAUUCGGCCGGUGUCCCUAAUCUUCACAAGCACUACCUGUCGAGACGACCGGUGUCCCUCUCCCUUCGGCCCGCCGAGAACGGCCUUUGACUUCGUCUUUGAAACGUUCCUUGGCAAAAGGGAGUAUGUUUUUGAUCGGGUCCAUUAUGACCGAAGCGGCGGCCCUGACUGCAAGUAUUGGGGUUGCUACGAGGCCAUGUUCUAUAAGCCCGAGGAGUUCCAGAAGUUCGAGAAGGACACGACCAACCUCGACUCCAAGGUCAUCUGGGCUUCUCCACCUAUGAGGGCACAUAUGCAACGAGGAGAUUUCGUGAUCGAGAUGCCGGCGAAGCUGAGAGCCUGCUGGUCGGAGAUCUCCUACCUCAAGGAUGCCGCCUCCGAACAUGGGAUGACUGUGUAUGACUUUAAGAUCCACGGGGCUGUGAAGAUCGGCCUGGAACGACGUUGCCCGGGACACCAUGAACAUGUCGAGGACCAUGGCGGAUGUGAACAUUGCAGUGACCCUCGAUGGUUCCCGAAGGCAAUGGAAAAGCGAAUUGUGGAUUCGCUGUUCUGGACUUUACAGUCCAGGCAUGGUGUGCGCACUUUGGCCGCCGACGUGGAAACUGAGCUUCUUCAGCAAGAGUGGUUUUCAAGGAAGUAUCAAGCCUCUUCCUCUCAAGAGGUGUUUGCCCUCACUCGGCAGAAGAUCCCGGUGGAGCCACCUACUGGCAAGAAGCUCGACGGAGAUCAAGCAGAUGGUGCUUCGGCUGCACCGUUCCUCCGGACAUUUAUCCGGAUUGCCAAGUUGCUGGAGCGCCGCGGUGCUCCGAGCUGGGCGAUUGAGCUGACCAAGUCGAUGGAAUGCCCGGCCUGUGUGGAAGCACGACGACCUCUACCACAUCCACCUUCCUCGACACAAGGGCCACCCUCUCUGUGGGAGAUCUGUGGCACCGACGUCUUUGAGUAUGCCUUCAAGACUGAGACCGGCCAGGUCAAGAAGUUGAAAGGAUGCGUCUGGGUCGACCGGGCCUCUCGAUACUGUGUGGUCAGCGGCCUCAAGAUCUACGAGGAGGCCUGGGAACCAACUACGGCGGAUAUCACGAGGGUGUUUCUUCGCGAUUGGAUGAUGACGAGUCCGGCACCUCGGUGGUUGAUGGCCGGCUCUGCCCUCUACUACACCUCUGAGGAGAUGCGCGACUUCUAUGGCCGGAGUGGCAUUGGCCUCUUGAUUUCUCCUCCCGAGGCACACUGGCUCAUGAGUCACGAGGAGCAGUUGAUCGGGCGUUUGAAGGCUACCGUCGACCGCAUGAUCAAGGAGGACCCCGAUUUGUCUGUCAUUUCUAUGUUCCACUAUGAGUGUCAUGCACAUAAUUCCACGAUACAACACCAGUCUGGAUACUCACCGUUUCAGUGGGUCCGCGGGGCCAUUCCUUCAGACAUGGUGCCGGAGGGCGUGAACCCUAAGAAAGCCUUCGAGGAAACCCUCAAGUUCCGAGAGCAAGCCGCCAUCUCCUAUCGUCGGGCACAGGCGGCGGACCAGAUGUCGAAACUGGGGAACACCACCAGUCGUCCACCACAGGUGUUCGAACCGGGAACACUCGCCAUGAUCUGGCGAGAAAGACGUGCCAACGGGCGCGGUGGAUGGCAGGGUCCAGUUCGUAUCCUACUACGGGAGAAUUCGACAUACUGGGUUGCCUCUGGGGCCGCCUUGAUAAGAGCGAAGAGCAACCAGCUUCGCAAAUGUUCGCGAGUGGAGGAGACCACCGCCAUCACGAACGGUGCCGCUGUCUAUCGUAUGCCGGUGACCUUGGAAACUCUGAUGCGUGGGUUUCGCGGCAAGCAGUACGAGGACGUUACUGGUCUUCAGCCUCCACGAGAUGCUGUGGAAGAUCCGGCACAGGCAGCUGUUCAAGUCCUUCCACGAUCUCGCAGUGGUGACAAAUGGGAGUUUCAAGGCGAAUGGCUGGUUCGUAUCCACUCCCAGCCACGGCUUGCAAUGCUGGUUCCGGGCAAGGUGAAGAACAUUCCGGUGAAGGAGGAGGACUUACAUGGCGAGCGACACACCGUUGUUCGGAGCGGAGGAAAUGAGCAAGUUAUCAAGGACAACUUCCGGACACACGAGAAUCCAGCCAGGUGCUUGCUGGAUCGCUGGACUGGUGAGACCCGCUUUCGCUUGGCUGCCAGUCACCCCGCUGCCGUUCCUCAACGCCUACGGCAACCGCGAGUGCAUCAGGAAGCCAGGCUCAGGAUGAAGCCUCUGUUGAACAUCGAGAUCCUCCGGUACUCCAGUUCCGGGUACACCGAGCGGGGUCAAGCCGCGUCUAGCAGUGGGGCUGUACCAGAUCCUCGUUGUUCUGUUCCUGGAUGCAAACUACCCGGUGGCCAUCGAUUACCUCAUGUGGAUGCUGGUGGCAACAAGUUCAUGUACGACAAGCGCACGGAGGUGAUGAUUCCUGUGGAAGCGUCUGAUGCGGAGACCUCAGUUGUUGCCGACAGCACUGACAGCGAGAUGGUCCCUGAUGUUCCACCACGUCCUCCUGACGGACAAGGACGUAAAGACCGCAAGCGGAAAGAGCCAGCUGCUCCAGAUGACAUGACUGGGUACAUGUUCGAGAUCAACAUGACCGACAAGGACUGGCAACAUCUUGCUGGAAAGCCUCGGCAGUCUACAGUGUGGAUGUCCAAGAAACUUCUCGAGAAAGGGCGCGAGGUCAAUUGGAAAACCCUCACUCACGAGCAGAAGGUUGCCUUUGAUGAGGCCCAGUCCAAGGAGAUCUCCAAUGUGAUCAGGAAUGCUGCGGUGAGGAGCCUUCUCACCCAUGAGAAGGAGAAACUGGACUGGUCGCGAGUGAUGCGAAUGAGAUGGGUGCUCACGGUGAAAUCCGAUGGGCGAGCGAAAGCUCGACUCGUGGUUCUUGGGUUCCAAUCUCCCAACUUGGUGGAGAGCCAGGCCUCUUCGCCUACACUCUCGAAGCUUGGGCGCAUGCUACUGUUAACGGUCGUUGCAAAGAACCGGUGGAUCCUUGAAUCCGCGGAUGUGGCCUCUGCUUUCUUACAGGCUAUGCAAGACCUCGAGGAUGAGAAUCUCUUCAUUCAAGCACCUGCUGAAUUAGGAGCUGCCUUCGGAGGCUCAGGCGCGGACGACUUCACCGUCCUUAAGCUCAAACGAGCGUUCUACGGGUUGUGUCAUGCCCCACGAGCAUGGUUCGAGACUGUGGCCGAGACUCUCCGCAAGUCAGGAUGGAGGCAGCUUGCCUUCGACAAGUGCAUGUUCGUGCUGCUGGACAAGGAGAACCGUUUGGUGGGCAUCGCUGGAUGCCAUGUUGAUGAUUUCAUUCUUGGCGGAGAUCGUCAGAGUGAGAUCUUUAUGGCUGCCAAGAUUGCACUACAGCAAGCUUUUGAGUGGGGCAAGUGGGAAGAAUCUGCCUUCGAGUUUGCCGGGUGCAAUAUCGUCCAGAAGCCCGAUGGCACCAUCUUCAUGGACCAGAAGGUCUACACCGACCGCUGGAUGGAGGAAAUUCCAAUUUCUCCUCAGCGAGCUUCUCGACCAAAGGAGAAGGCGACUGCUCAGGAGAUCAGUGAGAUUCGGGGUGCUCUGGGUACUCUCUCUUGGAGGGCCAACCAAGUGAGCCCACAAUUCCUUGCUGACGUGGGUUUGAUGCUCUCGGAGAUCCCGACGGCCACCGUCGACCUGAUCUUGCGCUGGGAGGACCUAUGCGUUGUGACCUGGUCAGAUGCUGCGCAGAAUAACCGGGUGAACCGGGGCAGCACGAUUGGGAUGCUGACAUGCAUCGCUCCAAAGCGCAUCCUGGACGGAGAGCGCGUUCCGAUGAAUAUCGUGGCAUGGCGGAGCCAAAAGGCUCCACGUGAAGUCCUCGGCUCCAAUGGCAGCGAGGUGCAAGCAAUCACUGCAGGCGAGGACAUGACGUACCUUGUUCGGUGUGUUUGGCUGGAGAUCCAUGGAUAUCCUCCGAUAAGGGGCCGUCAGAAUGAGAUGGUUAAGGAAAAGACUACUUGGGCCCUGGUGAUGGACUCCCGUGGCAUCUACGAUGCCAUGACGCGGAACACCAGUGCUCUUCAUGGUCUCAGAAGCAGCCGAUCCGGAUAUGAGUUGACGAUUGCUGUAAAGCGAGCUGUUGAAUGCGGGACCCAUUUGAGAUGGGUCGCUGGCACUGAGCAGCUGGCAGACGCGUUGACCAAGGGCAAGGCCAAGAAGGUCCUGCUGGAGCUCAUGUCUGAGAGGCAGGAAGCUCACGAAGCGUGA